AUGGAGAAGCUACCAGUAGAGCUUGUCUCCCGGAUACUUGAGUAUAUCGGCCCAAGCGAACUGGCUGCCCUCCAGGUUGUCUCCAGGCGGCUCUUUAACAUAUGCCGCGACAAUUCGAUAUGGCGCCAACACUGCUAUGAGGCAGCUAACCAUAAAUUACAAGAUCGCAAUGCUUUGUUUCACAAUCGGAGGCCCAACACCAACAGCGCCAACAACCCAGGCUCCGUUAUAGAUGCAUUUCUGACGGGCCAUGUUCAAGGUGGCAGCAUUACGGAAUCAUCCGAGUCCGCGCAUGCGGAUGCAGACGGAGCCCAUGACAGACGGACCAGCCCACCCGCCAGCUCUGCGAGCCACUGGGAUCCUUCCUACGAGGGGGAGGAAGUCGACUGGUAUUCAGAAUACAUCGCUCGGAAUGCCCCCAUUUCCGUCCAGUGGCUGCAAGAGCCGUAUGCAGCUGCGGACCAAGAUGGGGAUGAUGCCAUUAUUCAACGUGAAGUCAAGGGUAUGGGUCUUCUGAAAGAUUACCGCUACGGAGGAUCAGAUAAGAUAAUCGGGCCCCUCGAUGACGGGACGCUCUGUCUGUGGGAUCUUAACCGGUCGAGCCUGUGUAAACGUAAUACGAGAGGGAAAAUUGUUGAGACAAGUGCACGGGGUGCCCUUACGACGGAUUCAUCAAGACGAGCACAUGAGCCCUUCUCCUCAAGGCCGACGAACCUCGACUUCAUAAGCAUUGGGGAAUGUGUGAGCGUCGAUUCAUUCCACCAGACUGCCUAUAUCGCGGUAGGUAACAUUUUGAAUGAGGUUGAUCUAUCCACUCUUCAGGUAGUAUCGCAGCAGAAAUACCCGUGGUCGAUAUUCGCGCUUUCUCAGGAAACUGAGUAUGCAGCGCCAUUGACCGUGGGCACUACCCGGAGCCUCAAUAUCUAUGAUCCUAGGUUCUGUGGUGCCGGAUCAGAUACUAAGAUACACUACCCCAUGCCUCCUUACAACAGUAGAUUCGUAUCAUUGUUCCAGCCUGUUCCUCUUUCGGUGUUACACACACCCCCGCCGAAUAUAAACUCAAUCGUGGUUGCCGGGCGCUUUUCAGCGAUCUUGCUAUAUGAUCGCCGCAACCUGUCUAGUUUACUGAGCACUGCCCACUCGGGUGCACGAAUAUGUAGCUUGACAGCUAUCCCAGCUUGCCCCCGGCCGUACUCGGUAACAUGCCCCGAGCUACAAAAUAACCACACCAUCGUUGCAGCUGGCGAGUACAAGGGACGCGGGUCUCUUGAAAUGUUCUCGGCUUCUACUCCUUCCACCCCCGGAGAUUUCCAAACCCAGAAACGCUCAUUACUUGUAAAGGACGGUAUCUGUCUCAAUCGGCAGAGUGCUUCUGGCUCGAAGCUUUUGUCCGUGGCGGUCCAUGGCACUCGUCUCGUCUUCACUGACGCGAAUGGGUAUAUCAAAUGGGUCGAACGAGACGGUCGAACCGAAGUACGACGAUGGAACCUGAGCAACGACACCAAACAUCGCAGACGUCAACUAGACUCAACGCACCCAAUUCCAUCGAGCUCACAUGAUCUGGAAUAUUACAGGCGGACCGAUGAGUAUGCUACCGGUGACUCCGAUAUCGUUCGUAAAAUCCUGCCCACAGGCUACAGCGAUGUGCUAGACGACGAGCUCCUCAUUUGGACCGGAGACAGGAUUGGUCGUCUGCGCUUUUCGAGUAAAGCUGGCCAUGACUGGAAUAAGGAGGCUGAGAUCUAUGAAGAAGAAAUGGCAGAGGCUGCAAGGCGCGAUGAGGAGCGUAAGAGGGCUCUGUACGCGGAGACUGGUUUUAAGUCAUUGCGAACGCACCAGCAAGAACUUACGUGGAUGGGGGAUUUUGGGAUGGGAGCAUGA